AUGAGACCCGAGGCGGAGCCCGAAGCCCGCGAGGUGCGGGGGCGCGGCUGUCACUGCCCGGUGGACGGCCCCCGAAGGCCAUCGCCGCCGUGCGGGCCCGAGAGCCCCACACCUUGGAGACCCUGGGUCCAGACCCGGCGGGAUGCCCGGCCCACCAGAACUGGAAGCCCGCACGAACCUGGGGCCAGCCAGCACACGUCCAGACCCAAGGGGGCCUUUGGCUUCCAGCAUCCUGUAAGACUUUAUUUACCCGUUUCAAAGCGUCAAGAAUACCUGCAGAGCUCGGGGGAGAAGGUCCUGGCGAGUUUCCCGGUGCAGGCGACCAUCCAUUUCUACAACGACGCUUCCGAUGACGAUGACGAUGAGGAUGAGGAUGAGCAAGGGGAAGAAGCUCGGCCGUGUGACCUUCGGGACCAGAGGCCGAAAGCCGCCCCGGAGGGCAGGGCAGAGACUGGCUGCAGGCGCGAAUGAGGCCCCUGGCGGAGGGCCCGGGGUGGUGAGGGCCAUGGGGUGCGGGCCCCGGUGCUUCUCCGCGGGGCUGCAGGACAAGUGGGGCGCUUCUCGCCCACAAGAGUCGCCUCUCCCACGCCGGCUUCACACACGUGAGCUCUGGGGACAGUCGCACGACAGUCGCGCCAAUGGCGAGCUCCUCUGGCUGUCCAGGUCCAAGGUUUAGCUGCCUCUGGUCAGCGCACCGCUUUUGCAAGAAAUCAGCUCUUCCUUUUCCUUCUCCUGUGUGCUAGAGCACUCCUUUCAGAGAAUUCUAGGAACAAGAGAAGGUUGGUGUCCAGAUGGAUUGUGACCAGGUUGAGGUAACUUUCACAGGGUCUCGCUGCGCAAGGGUGAGGAGUUAGUUCAAUAUUGAUGACCACCCCCAGCCCUGCCUCUGGCAGCCAGAGACCCCCUCUGUAGCAGAAUCUGCAUUUACAAAACACUGAGGUAGGCUGGUGUGGCUGUUUAGGGGUGUUCUGGCAAAUAUGUAUUUCUGAGAAAUGAAUAAAACCCUCAGUACUUCUCGUAAGUGUUAAUAGGAAUAAAAAUGGGUUUUUUGAGGCUUGUUCUGCAUAAAAAAUGUACAUGAUUAUUGUGGGAGGCUCUGUGUCUGAAUAAUUCACUUAGUAGGGGACUCCUGGACUUGGUACUUGAACAGGAUAACAGUGUUUUCAAACAAAGUAGCCAAUGUGAAGUUGUGGGGGUUUUUUGUUUUGAUGACCAAAUACUGUAUUCCUUAAGGGUUUUUUCUUAACUGUUUUACAUGUAUUCCUGUACA